UUGUGGGCGUAAAAAGAUAAAGUAAUUGUCACGAUAUGGAGAAUAUGUGACAAGCAUUAUUACUUUAAAAACGUUUUCCUAGCUUAAUAAAUGUUGAUUAAUUCUCAACGGAUUCUUAUUUACUAUUGAUUACUGAUGCCAAUUUUCACUUUUUUGCGCCCCUUUUCUAUGCCUGAGUUGCAUAUCAAAAAUAAAAUUUAAGCAAAAAUUAAAAAAUUAAAUUUAAUUAAAAAAAAAAAAACUUAAAUAUUCGACUGUUUUCUCUGCUAAGAAAGACCAAAACAAAAAUGAAAAAAAAAAAUGGUAGGUAGUUUAUUUUAAGUAUUUAAUUGGACGAGCAGAAGUGGCGAAAUGGCCCAGCGAGCAAGUGAGCGUAAUGGCAUGGAAUUCAGUACAACUUACGCAUAUACAUUUAAACAGAAGCGUUCUUCACUAUGUAUGCAUAGGCUUAAACCACAGCUGGUCGUUGGCGGUCAGCAGCAGCACCACCACCAGCGCCAUCAUCCACUGCACAAUAAACCAAGGGAAGUGACGCAGAAGUCCACGAAUGAGUGCAAGUUGGCUGGUAAUGAAUGCGGUGCAGUCAUAAGUGAAAAGCACUCAAGUGUGGAUAGAGAGCAAGGGAAGCGAAAUAUUUUAAUAAGCGCUAAAGCUUGGAAUGGGAUGAAUGUGAGUGAAGAUAUUUUUCAUAAAAUAGCAAAAAUCGGAUAUGACCUUACUGCAUUGAGGAACUAAUAAAAAAUUAGUGAUCAUCAUGCUAUGGGCUCCUAAAAUUAUGUUAGGAAAAACUUGAUAUUCACAAUUAUACAACUCUAAUGUGUCUUAUAUAC